AGAGAAAAAGACGAGAGUGUCGCAGCCAACAUGCGUCAAUAUGGAAUGAGUUCCUAUUAUCUCGAUGUCGUGGUGUCAGAUUUUUCGUAUCCACUGUGGCGAGCAGACUUACGAAUAGAUGCUAUUGUAACGGAUCCACCUUAUGGUAUAAGGGAAGCCACAGAGCGUAUAGGUACUAUGAAAAUAAAUCCAGUGAUAGAGGAACAUCAAGCAACUUCUCACAUUCCUUCAAAAAUUGUUUACGGCUUGAAUCAAAUAUAUAAAGACUUGUUGUGUUUCUCUGCGAAACAUUUGAGACUUCAGGGCAGACUGGUCUGUUGGUAUCCAUUGUUUAGGGACCAGUACGUGGAAGAUCAAUUACCAGCGCAUUCUUGUUUAGAGCUGAUAGCCAAUUCUGAGCAAGUAUUGAGCAACUACACCAGUAGAAGAUUAUUAACUUACAAGAAAGUUAAAGAGCCGGAAGCAACUGACGAGAGCGUUAUCAUGAAUUUAGUUGAUUUCCGUGAGAAGUAUUUUGCACUACGCGAGGAAACGAGGAAGGAAAAACGAACGAGGAAAGCCGCAGAAAGAGCAAAGAGACGAGAGGAGUGGGAACGAAGCAACAAGGAAGUUACCGAAAGAUGACUGUAGAACAGUUUUAUACAGUAUUAUAUAAAGGAGCAGUCUUUUAAUUUUAUAUAUCUUACUCUCAUUACGAGAAGAUAUAUAAAUUAUUCAAAAUUAUUUGUCAAAGUAUGACUGUCUGCUUUUGCAACUCUUGUUUAUUAUGUACAGAAUAGUAAAAGUUGAAAGGAAAACAAUGUCGACUAUCGCAACGAUUUAGAAAUAAAUAUUUUUUGCACACAUGA